UUCCCCUCCUCUCUCUGCAGUUUGUCCUGAAGAAUUACGGAGAGAACCCCGACGCCUACAGUGAGGAGCUGAAGAAGCUGGAGCUGCUCCGACAGAACGCCAUCCGGGUCCCGCGGGACUUUGAGGGCUGCAGCGUCCUCCGCAAGUACCUCGGCCAACUCCACUACCUGCAGAGCCGGGUCCCCAUGGGUUCAGGCCAGGAGGCUGCUGUUCCUGUCACCUGGACCGAGAUCUUCUCGGGCAAGUCUGUGGCGCACGAGGACAUCCAGUACGAGCAGGCCUGCAUCCUCUACAACCUGGGUGCACUGCACUCCAUGCUGGGAGCCAUGGACAAGCGGGUGUCUGAAGAGGGCAUGAAGGUCUCCUGUACGCACUUCCAGUGUGCAGCAGGCGCCUUUGCCUACCUGCGGGAGCACUUCCCUCAGGCCUACAGCGUCGACAUGAGCCGCCAGAUCCUCACUCUCAAUGUCAACCUCAUGCUGGGCCAGGCUCAGGAGUGCCUUCUGGAGAAGUCGCUGUUGGACAACAGGAAGAGCUUCCUGGUGGCCCGCAUCAGCGCCCAGGUGGUGGAUUACUACAAGGAGGCCUGCCGGGCCUUGGAGAACCCUGACACCGCCUCACUGCUGGGCCGGAUCCAGAAGGACUGGAAGAAGCUGGUGCAGAUGAAGAUCUACUACUUUGCGGCUGUGGCUCAUCUGCACAUGGGGAAGCAGGCUGAGGAGCAGCAGAAGUUCGGGGAGCAGGUCGCGUACUUCCAGAGCGCCCUGGACAAGCUCAGUGAAGCCAUCAAGUUGGCCAAGGGCCAGCCUGACACUGUGCAAGAUGCACUUCGCUUUGCUAUGGACGUCAUUGGAGGAAAGUACAAUUCUGCCAAGAAGGACAAUGACUUCAUCUACCACGAAGCUGUCCCGGCCCUGGACACCCUUCAGCCUGUGAAAGGUGCCCCCUUGGUGAAGCCCUUGCCAGUGAACCCCACAGACCCAGCUGUCACAGGCCCUGACAUCUUCGCCAAGCUGGUCCCCAUGGCUGCCCAUGAAGCCUCGUCCCUGUACAGUGAGGAGAAGGCCAAGCUGCUUCGAGAGAUAAUGGCCAAGAUUGAGGACAAGAAUGAGGUGCUGGACCAGUUCAUGGAUUCAAUGCAGCUGGAUCCCGAGACAGUGGACAACCUGGACACGUACAGCCACAUCCCGCCCCAGCUCAUGGAGAAGUGUGCAGCUCUCAGCGUCCGGCCCGACACUGUCCGGAACCUCGUCCAGUCCAUGCAAGUGCUGUCAGGUGUGUUCACGGACGUGGAGGCCUCGCUGAAGGACAUCAGGGACCUGCUGGAGGAGGAUGAGCUGCUAGACCAGAAGUUGCAGGAGGCAGUGGGCCAGGCAGGGGCCAGUGUGGCCGGUUCCAAGGCGGAGCUGGCAGAGGUGAGGCGAGAAUGGGCCAAGUAUAUGGAGGUCCACGAAAAGGCCUCCUUCACCAACAGUGAGCUGCACCGCGCCAUGAACUUGCACGUUGGCAACCUCCGCCUGCUCAGUGGGCCUCUGGACCAGGUCCGGGCUGCCCUGCCCACACCAGCCCUCACCCCAGAGGACCAGGCCGUGCUGCAGAACCUGAAGCGCAUCCUGGCCAAGGUGCAGGAGAUGCGGGACCAGCGCGUGUCUCUGGAGCAGCAGCUGCGGGAGCUCAUCCAGAAGGACGACAUCACCGCCUCGCUGGUCACCACGGACCGCUCCGAGAUGAAGAAGCUGUUCGAGGAGCAGCUGAAGAAGUACGACCAGCUGAGGGUGUACCUGGAGCAGAACCUGGCUGCCCAGGACAACGUCCUCCGCGCGCUGACCGAGGCCAACGUGCAGUAUGCGGCCGUGCGCCGGGCGCUCAGCGAGCUGGACCAGAAGUGGAACUCCACGCUGCAGACCCUGGUGGCCUCCUACGAAGCCUAUGAGGACCUGAUGAAGAAGUCCCAGGAGGGCAAGGACUUCUAUGCGGACCUCGAGAGCAAGGUGGCCACUCUGCUGGAGCGGGCCCAGUCCACCUGCCAGGCCCGCGAGGCUGCCCGCCAGCAGCUCCUGGACAGGGAGCUGAAGAAGAAGCCACCCCCACGGCCCACAGCCCCCAAGCCACUGCUGCCCCGCAGGGAGGAGGGUGCGGCUGGGGAGAUGGGAGACCCGCCCGAGGAGCUGCGCAGCCUGCCCGACGCCUUCCUGGGACUGCGCAGCCUGCCCGACGCCUUCCUGGGAGCUGCCGCCACACUCCGCUUGGCUCCGGUCCCCUUCCCUGGCUCUGCGGGCCCGGGACCCCACUAUCUCUCAGGCCCCUUGCCCCCAGGCAGUUACUCAGGACCCACCCAGGUGAUGCAGCCCAGGGGCCCCCAGGCUCCGGGGCCCCCUGCGAUGGCCAUGGCGCCUGGACCCCCCAUCUACGCGGCGCCUGUCUACACACCAGAGCUGGGCCUCGUGCCCCGCUCCUCCCCUCAGCACGGCGUGGUGGGCACGCCCUAUGGGGCCAUAGGCCCACACCCCCCAGCCGCAGGCCUGCCCUCCGCCCCCCCGCCCCAGUUCUCGGUCCCCGAGUUGGCAAUGGGGGUCCGGCCAGCCACCACCACGGUAGAUAGUGUCCAGGCACCCAUCUCCAGCCACACAGCACCCCGGCCAAGCCCCACCCCUGCUCCUCCCCAACCCUGCUUCCCAGUACCCCCACCCCAGCCACUGUCCAUGCCCUACACCUAUCCUCUGGGGCCUAAGCAGCCCCUCACAGCACCCCCAGCCCAGCAUCACUUUCCUCCUGGGAUCCCCAUGGGGUUUCCAGCCCCGAGGAUAGGGCCCCAGCCCCAGCUUCAUCCCCCACGGGCAGCAUUUGGGCCCCAGCCCCCGCAGCAGCUCCCCCAGCAGCUCCCCCAGCAGCCCCUGCCACUCCAGCAUCCCCACCUCUUCCCAUCCCAGGCUCCAGGGCUCAUGACUCCCCCACCCCCCUACUCCUUCGCCCCUCAGCCUGCUGUCCUGGGGCAGCCACCACCACCUCUACACUCCCAGCUCUAUCCAGGCCCCUCUCAGGAACCCCUGCCCCCUCACUCUGGGGCUCUGCCUUUCUCCAGCCCUGGGCCCCCUCAGCCUCCCCAUUCCACCCUGGCCUAUGGUUCUGCCCCUUCCCCCCGGCCCCUGGGCCCCCAGGCAGCCCCUCUCUCCAUUCAAGGCCCCUCACCUGCCAGCCAGGCCACCUCUAGUGGCCGCUCCAUCGCCAUUGCCCGCUGCUACUCCCUGAAGAACCGGCACCAGGACGCCAUGCCGUACGACAGCAACCGCGUGGUGCUGCGCUCGGGCAAGGACGACUACAUCAACGCCAGCCGCGUGGAGGGGCUCUCCCCGUACUGCCCGCCCCUGGUGGCCACCCAGGCCCCGCUGCCGGGCACAGCUGCCGACUUCUGGCUCAUGGUGCACGAGCAGAAAGUGUCGGUCAUUGUCAUGCUGGUGUCUGAGGCGGAGAUGGAGAAGCAAAAGGUGGCUCGCUACUUCCCCACCGAGAGAGGCCAGCCCAUGGUGCACGGCGCCCUGAGCCUGGCGCUGAGCAGCGUCCGCACCACUGAGACCCACGUGGAACGGGUGCUGAGCCUGCAGUUCCGCGACCAGAGCCUCAAGCGCUCCCUCGUGCACCUCCACUUCCCCACCUGGCCCGAGCUAGGCCUGCCCGACAGCCCCAGCAACCUGCUGCGCUUCAUCCAGGAGGUGCACACGCAUUACCUGCACCAGCGGCCCCUGCACACGCCCAUCGUCGUGCACUGCAGCUCCGGGGUGGGCCGCACGGGAGCCUUUGCGCUGCUCUACGCGGCUGUGCAGGAGGUGGAGGCGGGGAACAGGCUCCCUGAGCUGCCCCAGCUGGUGCGGCGCAUGCGGCAGCAGAGGAAGCACAUGCUGCAGGAGAAGCUGCACCUCCGGUUCUGCCAUGAGGCGGUGGUGAGACACGUGGAGCAGGUCCUGCAGCGCCAUGGCGUGCCCCCACCCUGCAGGCCCUUGGCUGGCACAGGCGUCAGCCAGAAGAACCACCUCCCUCAGGACUCCCAGGACCUGGUCCUCGGGGGGGACGUGCCCAUCAGCUCCAUUCAGGCCACCAUCGCCAAGCUCAGCAUCCGGCCGCCCGGGGGCCUGGAUUCCCCCGUGGCCUGCCUUCCAGGCCCUGUGGAGCCCCCAGGCCUGCUGCCAGCCAGUCUCCCGCAGUCCACCCAGCUCCCCUCCUCCUCCCCACCGCCCCUCUCUUCACCCCUGCCCGAGACACCCCAGCCCGAGGAGGAACAGCCCGUUCCUGAGGUUCCCAGCCUGGGGCCCCCCUCCUCCUCCCUGGAGCUGCUGGCCUCCCUCACCCCGGAGGCCUUCUCCCUGGACAGCUCCUUGCGGGGAAAGCAGCGGAUGAGCAAGCAGAACUUCCUGCACGCCCACAACGGGCAGGGGCUGCGGGCUGCCCCGCCUGCCGACGACCCCCUCAGCCUUCUGGAUCCACUCUGGACGCUCAACAAGACCUGAGCAGGCUUUGCCCGCCUGGUCCUCACACUACAUCGUCUCGCCCGCCGCCCACCUGCCCGCGCCCAGCAGGGCCUCCCGAGGUGGCCGGUCUCUUCCUCCUGUCCUCGCUGCCUUCAGCCCUUCUGGUCCAGCCCGCACCCCAAUGGGGUGCAGACGUGUCGCAGGCCUUAGGCCUUAGGCAGGUCCUGCUACUGUGGGACCUGAUGUUUUUCCAGCUCUUUGCUGCUGAAGUAAUAAACCAACCUGUCUGUGGCCA